AUAUGAAACGUGAGUCUGGAAGAAAGGUCCAGACUGGAAACAUCACUGCUGCUAAGACUAUUGCUGACAUUAUCCGGACAUGUUUGGGACCCAGAGCUAUGAUGAAGAUGCUUUUGGACCCCAUGGGUGGGAUUGUGAUGACCAACGAUGGCAAUGCUAUUCUCAGAGAGAUUCAAGUCCAGCAUCCAGCUGCAAAAUCAAUGAUUGAGAUCAGCCGUACUCAGGAUGAGGAGGUUGGAGAUGGGACGACAUCUGUGAUUAUCCUUGCUGGAGAGAUGCUUUCUGUUGCUGAACACUUCCUUGAACAACAGAUGCACCCGACUGUGAUCAUUGGAGCUUAUCGUAAGGCUCUGGAUGACAUGAUCAGUAUUCUAAAGAAAAUUGGGACUCCAGUGGACGUGAACAACAAAGAAAUGAUGCUUAAAAUAAUAAAGAGCGCUAUCAACACCAAGGCGAUAAACCGCUGGUGUGACCUGGCCUGCAGCAUUGCUCUCGAUGCUGUCAAGACUGUAGAAUUUGAAGAAAAUGGCAGAAAGGAAAUUGAUAUUAAAAAAUAUGCAAAAGUAGAGAAGAUUCCAGGUGGUUUUAGUGAAGACUCGUGUGUUUUACGUGGAAUCAUGGUCAAUAAAGAUGUAACUCAUCCCAGGAUGCGUCGUCUUAUUAAGAAUCCACGUAUUGUCCUUCUGGAUUGUUCACUAGAGUACAAGAAAGGAGAGAGCCAGACUGAUAUUGAAAUAACGCGGGAGGAAGACUUUGCCCGCAUCCUGCAGAUGGAGGAAGAGUACAUUCAGCAGAUGUGCGAGGAUCUGAUGAGAGUCAAGCCAGAUCUCGUCAUCACAGAGAAAGGAAUUUCUGACUUGGCCCAGCACUACCUGAUGAGAGCCAACAUCACCGCGAUCCGCAGGGUGAGGAAGACGGACAACAACAGGAUCGCCAGGGCCUGCGGCGCUCGCAUCGUGAGUCGCACAGAUGAGCUGCGGGAGGAAGAUGUGGGAACCGGAGCCAGGCUCUUUGAGGUUAAAAAAAUAGGAGAUGAGUAUUUUGCCUUCAUCACCGAUUGCAAAGACCCCAAGGCGUGCACCAUCGUUCUGCGUGGAGCCAGCAAGGAAAUCCUGGCG